AUGGGCGUCGGGGCAAAGAAACCGGUCAACAUCUUCAAGUUGAAAGACUUGGGCGAGCCCGAGGGAGCGUUGAACUGGCGCCUCUGGUUCGCCGUCUUCUCGUUUGGCCUGCUGGGCGCUGCGCGAGGCAUCGACGAGGGCUUGAUCUCGGGCGCAUUCAAUUCGGACGACUUCAAGGAAUCCAUCCAUUAUGCGUCGUACGACGCCGUGGACCGGGCCAACAUCAAGGCCAAUGUCUCUGCCAUGGUCCAGAUCGGCUCUGUCGCGGGCGCUUUGAUUGCCUUUCUGAUCUGUGAUCGCAUUGGCCGUCUUAACGCUACGCGAGUCCUCUGUGUCACCUGGGCUAUUGGCAUCAUGAUCUUCAUGAUUGGAGGCGCCCGCGGGAACCUGGGGGCCAUCUAUGCGGGCAGAUUCGUCGCCGGCCUGGGGGUUGGACAAACGCCUGUCGUGGGUCCCAUCUAUGUCGCUGAAAUUGCACCCGCCUCCAUUCGCGGUCUCUGCACCUGCUUCUUCACCGGCGCUGUCUAUCUCGGCAUCCUGCUGGCUUACUUCGCAAACUAUGGAUGCCAGCUUCACAUUAGCGAUGACAGCGCAAACCAGUGGCUUGUCCCCACAAGCCUGCAUAUCAUGAUGAGCGGCAUCAUCUUCAUCUUGUCCUUCUUCCAGUGCGAAUCGCCGCGCUUCCUCGUCAAGCAGGGCAAUGUCGAGCAGGCGGUUCACAACAUGGCACGACUGCGCCAACAGUCUCCGGAUAGCGAGUACAUUCUUCGCGAAAUCGGCAUGAUUCAGGCUGGUCUUGACCACGAGCUGGAGGCCAGUCGAGGUGUUGGCUGGCUGGGCAAGGUCAAGGAGCUCCUCCUCGACAAAAGCAACCUGUACCGCGUCUAUCUGUCGUCCAUGGUGCAGCUGCUGUCUCAGUGGUCCGGUGCCGGAUCCAUCACCCUCUACGCACCCGAUCUCUUCCGCAUCCUGGGCAUCACGGGAACCGACGAGUCUCUCCUCGUUACUGCCGUCUUUGGCAUCGUCAAGUUUGUGGCGGCCAUGAUCUGCGCCCUGUUCCUCGUCGAUGUCAUUGGCCGCAAGCGCGCACUCCUGUCUGGCAUUCUGCUGCAAGCCAUUGCCAUGAUCUACGUUGCUGGGUUCCUCACUGCUGUGCCUCGACUCGGCGUUGACGAGGACUUUGUUCUGCCCGAGUCCCUAAAGGGCGCCAGUCGGGGCGCCGUUGCCAUGAUAUACAUUUCCGGCUGCGGCUGGGCUCUUGGCUGGAACUCCAUGCAGUACCUGCUCACUGCCGAGCUGUACCCUCUACGUGUCCGUGCCUUGGCCACGUCUUGGGCCAUGACGCUUCACUUUGCGAACCAGUACGGCAACUCACGCGCCGUGCCCGUCAUGCUCCUCGACGUCGCCCAGGGUGGGAUCUCGCCCAAGGGGACUUUCUGGUGCUUUGCUGCGGUGACGGUCCUGGGCGGCUUCUGGGUGUGGUUCUUUGUGCCCGAGACGGGUGGCCGCACCCUGGAGAGCAUGGACCGGCUGUUUGAUCUGCCGUGGUACAAGAUUGGUCUGUACGGCAACAAGCAUGCCGAGGAGAAGGAUAUGGCUGUUGAUGAGAAGCAGAGGGCUGCCGAGGAAGAGUAUGGGCGUGUUCAGCAGAUUGAGGAGAAGGCGUGA